AUGAAGUUCGGAGCUAUCGUCGCUGCCAUUACGGCCUUUGUCCCUGCUGCCCUUGCUUGCAAUGGUUACGCUGGUGGUGUUCCCACAGCUGUCGGCACCAAGACCAACAGCAAGGUCAUUGAGAUUGCUGCUGGUCAGACAUUCGACGGUGCAUGGUACAGGUAUGAUCGUGGUAGCGGUGCGUGCAGUGGCCAGACCGAGGGAGGUGCUUCCGACGCUGUCUUCUUGCUGAAGGCUGGCGCCACUCUCCGCAAUGUCAUCAUUGGCAAGAAUCAGGCCGAGGGUGUCCACUGCGAAGGACAUUGUACCCUCGAAUUCGUGUGGUGGGAGGACGUCUGCGAGGACGCCCUCUCGAUCAAGAAGGAUGCCGCCGGCACGCAGUCCUGGAUUAUCGGUGGAGGAGCCUACCACGCAUCCGAUAAGGUCAUCCAGCACAAUGGCUGCGGAACAGUCAACAUCAUCAACUUCUACGCCAACGACUACGGCAAGCUUUACCGUUCGUGCGGAAACUGCAGCUCGCAGUGCAAGCGUAACGUCUACAUUGAGGGUGUCACCGCUGUUAACGGUGGUGAGCUCGCUGGUAUCAACACCAACUACAAGGACACUGCUACCCUUAAGAACGUCUGUGCCGAUGCCAAGGUCAAGUGCCAGAUGUACGAUGGCUGCUCCGGUAGCUGUGAACCAAAGAAGGUUGGCGUUUGCUCCGGUUAAAGUGGUCUAGCCACUGUUACUUGGACAGAUUUUGGGGUGUUGGCUAGUGUCUAAAGUAGGAAGGAAGACACAUUGGGGCCGAGAGUCGUGGUGAUUGAUGGUGGUGUAGUUCGUUCCAGC